UGUCGUAUGUGUGAAUUAAGAUCACCUGUCAUCGCUUCCAUUAACUUCAUCCAACUAGAUCUUGAUGCAGACUUCUUCUAGUGUUUGUUGUUGUGGAGGAUAUUAUUAGACUGCUGAAAUUUGAAAAUCAUAUAAACACACGUACAUAUAUCAACGUCAGAGAUUGCAGAUCAUACUGCAGUGGAAUCGGGACUGCACUUGACAACCAUAACGAAAUCGCCAUGUAAGUGAGUGGCACUUGUGAGAGGUGGUGGGGCUAUGUGUAAUCUACUAAUGGUCUUGAAGGUGAAUUGUACAAUGUUCUUUAUAUAAGGAAUACCUUUCAAACUAAUGAAGUUCAGAUCAGAAAUAGUAGCCAUGGCAAAGGCCAUUCUUCUUGCUCUUCUCAGAGUACUGAUGAUCAUAAUAUUUGCUGGUUGGAUUGCUCUGUGGCUUCUAAAGCCUACUAAUCUGUGGACAAGAAAAUGGAAAGGAGCUGAAGAUAGUGCUAGGCACACAGUGUUUGGCUAUUACGGUCUCAACUUUGCUGUAUUCACAUUUCCUCCUAUUGCCUUGACCAUAAUUGGAUUAGUUUACUUGGAUUUGGUUACGAAGGAGCCUCCUCGAAGCAGACCAGCAAGGACUGCAACUGUUGGUUUCUCAAAUCCUGUGGUGGUAAACAGCUUUGUGGGAAUUUUAUCUAGCUUAGAGAUUCUGGCAGUGUUUCUCUUUUUCCUCUUUCUAGCUUGGACUUAUUAUGCCCGCAUCAGUAAUGACUUCAAAAAGUUGAUGCCAGUCAAGUCACUGAAGUUAGAUUUAUGGCAGAUCAAGUAUCUAAGAGUGGCCACCCGAUUCGGAUUGCUUGCAGAAGUCUGCCUGGCCUUGCUUCUUCUUCCUGUUUUGAGGGGCUUGGCCAUAUUCCAGUUAAUUGGAAUCCAGUUUGAAGCUUCAGUACGAUACCAUAUAUUGCUUGGGACGUCAAUGAUAUUUUUUUCCACAAUUCAUGGUGCAAGCACUUUGUUCAUCUGGGGAGUCAGCCGCCAUAUUCAAGAUGAGAUAUGGAGAUGGCAGAAAAAAGGACGGAUAUACCUGGCAGGAGAGAUUGCUCUUGUUACAGGACUGGUAAUCUGGAUCACGUCACUUCCUCAAAUAAGGAGGAGGAGAUUUGAAAUAUUCUACUACACACACCAUCUAUACAUAGUCUUCCUAAUAUUCUUCUUGUUCCAUGCUGGAGAUCGGCACUUCUACAUGGUUUUUUCUGGGGUAUUUCUCUUUGGUCUUGACAAGCUACUUCGAAUCUUACAAUCAAGACCACAAAGUUGCAUUCUCUCAGCACGAAUAUACCUAAUCCCCAGCAAAGCCAUAGAACUUACGCUGCCAAAGGAUCCAGGAUUGAAGUAUACACCAACAAGUGUUAUAUACAUGAAGAUAUCAAGUAUUUCCAAGUUUCAGUGGCAUCCCUUCAGUAUCACUUCUAGCUCAAAUAUUGAUGAUCACACGAUGUCUGUUGUAGUAAAAUGCAAUGAGGGCUGGACAAGUUCUCUCUAUGACAUGAUACAAGCAGAGCUAGAUUCAGAUACCGGUGCUAUGAACUGUAUACCUGUGUCAAUUGAAGGCCCUUAUGGACCUGCUUCACUGGACUUCCUAAGGCAUGACCGCCUACUUCUGAUUGCCGGUGGAGCUGGGAUAACCCCAUUUCUCAGCAUCAUAAAGGAAAUUGCUUCCAUAAGCAGCAGCAGGUAUAGAUUCGCCACACAAGUUCAGCUCAUCUAUGUCGUGAAGAAGUCGCAAGAUGUUUGCCUGUUAAACUCAGUUUCUUCUCAACUUCUGAAUCAGUCAUCCACACAGUUGUCUCUAAAUCUAAAAGUUUACGUAACACAGGAAGAGAGUUCUAAUGCAACAGUGAUAGGAUUAGUGAAUAACUUUUCUCUAGCGAGAACAGUUAACUUUAGCACCGCAUGUUCAAAUUAUGCAGUGCAUGGACUAGAUAGUUCAAUUUUGAUGGCUGCCAUGGUCGCAUUAUCCUCCAUUAAGUUCUUAGUUUCUCUUAUUUUCUUUAAUCGCAUUUUUGUUCCCACUGAAAUGAAGAGUCCUGCCUCACAAAAGAUGGUUGUUCCGUCAGAAAACAAGGCCUCAAAAGAGAAGACUCCCUCUUCAGUUGUUGAUCUACUUCUCCUAGCUUCUUUCAUCGUAGCUCUAGCUUGCAACACUUUUGUAGCAAUUAUCUUGAGAUGGAAAAGGCUCAAGAAAGAUAUUCCAGCAGCGUCUCCAAAACAAGGUUAUAAAGCCACAGAACUAGUAGGUUCAGGGGAGGCAAGAAGUACUGUUGAGGAACAUGAAAUUCAUUUUGGAGGAAGGCCUGACUUUCAAGAUAUAUUGUCCAAGUUUCCAAAUGAAACUGGUGGAUCUGAUAUUGGAGUACUGGUGUGUGGACCGGAAAGCAUGAAGGAGACGGUCGCAUCAUUAUGCCAGUUGAAGUCUCAGGGACUCAACAUUGGUGCCAAGGGAAACAAACCAUACUUCAUUUUCCACUCCCUCAACUUCACUCUUUAGCCUCACCAUCCAUACACACAAAUACUUGACAACAUGUAAACAUUAGCAUCUGGUUCUAAAUAAAGGAUGCCUUCAUUCCACUUUGUACAUAUUUCAUCGUGGCAUCAUUUGAGAAAGGGCUUGAGCAGUUAAGCUGAAA